AUGGCCCAGAGGCAGCCACGCUCACCUGCAGCAGCAGCAGCAGCAGCAACAGCAGCAGCAGCAGCUAUGGAGCAUACACAGAGGUCGACAGAAGCAGCAUCAGGGCAAACAAAGCGAAGCAAAGGAAGGGGGAGGUGCAGCAGCGGUAGCAGCAGCAACAGCAGCAACAGCAACAACAGCACCAGCAGCAGCAGCAGCAACUGCAGCAACAGCAGCAGCAGCAACAACAGCAGCAGCAAGGGCCACACUGACCAUACACCCCAGCAAAGAGCAGUAGCAGCAUGUUCACAGCAGCAGCAACAACAACAGCAACAGCUUAGGCACAGCAGCAGCAGCAGCAGCCGCAGCAGCAGCAGUCGCAGCAGCAGCUAG